AACGUGUUGAAAUCAAAGGAGGAGACCAAAUCCACAGGGACUAGAGAGAGAGCGGUACUACUCUGAAAACACCGUCAACAUGGCUGGUAAGAUUCAGGUACUGACUUUGGAGGAGAGAGAGCAGCUCCUACCCGUGCUGCAUAAUGCACAGUGGGCAGAGGUAAUGGGCCGAGAUGCCAUCUAUAAAGAGUUCAUCUUUAAAGAUUUCAACCAGGCAUUUGGGUUCAUGUCAAGAGUAGCACUACAGGCUGAAAAGAUGGACCAUCAUCCUGAAUGGUUUAACGUAUACAAUAAGGUUCAGAUCACUUUGAGCACACACGAGUGUGGCGGACUGUCCCAGCGUGACAUUGCUCUUGCCACUUUCAUUGAGCAGGUCUCAGUGUUAUGAAGAGACUCCCUAGCAUCUGACCGAUUAGUUAAAGGUGUCUGAGGUCUCCAGAUUCCCUGUUUGAAUGUUUUUAUUGGCUGUUACAGUUCUCCCACUUAGAAUUUUGUGAAAUAAGGUUAUAAGAGUAUUAUCUGCACAACCUUAUAUUCCCUCCUGAGAAAAACAUGUAUUGUGCCUUAACGUUACCAAGCAGUGUCUUAAAAAGUCUGGUGGUUAAGCCUGUCAUUGUUUCAACAAUAAAGUUGGAAAUUUACCACA